AUGGUUAAAAGUGAUUACAUCCAGCUUUCAUUCCCUCCUCCAUUGGGAUUUUUAAAUUUUAUAUCUGUAUCUCAACAACAAAAAGUUGAUCGACGUUCAAUUACUGUUACUGUUCUCGUUUAUGUUUGUCUGUCUGUUUGUUUGUUUGUUUUACCAACAACAACAACAACAACAACAACAACAGUUAAUAACAGUAAUAGUAAUAAUGAUCAUACAACAACAACAACGACAACAUUUAAUGAUAUAUUCAAAAUGACAUAUAUCAGAUCAUUGAUAUUCAAUCAAAUUGGUCAAAUAUUCAAAGUAGAGUAUGAUGCAAACCAAAAAGGUGAUAGACGAUAUUUGGGUGUCAAAGGAAGAGAUAUCAUCAAGUUGCCUUUUCUUGGAAUGAUAUCAAAGUAUGCAAUGCCAUUGCAGUUCAUUCGUCACUAUCUACCACCAACCGAUAAAGUAGUACCCACAAGAAGAGUAGACGUUAUCGAUCGUUAUUGUCGUCAUCGUAAUGCAACAUCUGAUACUCUUGAAUAUCUAUUGGAAUGGUCACCAGGCUACUGA